AUGUACUCAGCUCAGUUGCACAAUGCACUCAGCUCAGUUGCACAAUUCACUCAGCUCAGUUGCACAAUUCACUCAGCUCAGUUGCACAGUGUACUCAGCUCAGUUGCACAGUGUACUCAGCUCAGUUGCACAGUGUACUCAGCUCAGUUGCACAGUGUACUCAGCUCAGUUGCACAGUGUACUCAGCUCAGUUGCACAGUGCACUCAGCUCAGUUGCACAAUGCACUCAGCUCAGUUGCACAGUGCACUCAGCUCAGUUGCACAGUGCACUCAGCUCAGUUGCACAGUGCACUCAGCUCAGUUGCACAGUGUACUCAGCUCAGUUGCACAGUGUACUCAGCUCAGUUGCACAAUGCACUCAGCUCAGUUGCACAGUGCACUCAGCUCAGUUGCACAGUGCACUCAGCUCAGUUGCACAGUGUACUCAGCUCAGUUGCACAAUGCACUCAGCUCAGUUGCACAGUGCACUCAGCUCAGUUGCACAGUGCACUCAGCUCAGUUGCACAGUGCACUCAGCUCAGUUGCACAGUGUACUCAGCUCAGUUGCACAGUGUACUCAGCUCAGUUUCACAGUGUACUCAGCUCAGUUGCACAAUGCACUCAGUUCAGUUGCACAGUGUACUCAGCUCGGUUGCACAGUGUACUCAGCUCAGUUUCACAGGGCACUCAGCUCAGUAG